AUGGCCAAAUUCGUGCUGGCGGGUAGAGCUGAUUGCCCGUAUUAUGCGAAAGCAGAACUUCUGGCAGAUUAUUUACAAAAGAAUCUUCCUGAUUUCCGGAUACAUAAAAUUACACAACAUCCUGAUGUUUGGGAGGAGUGGCUGAAAGAUUUGUGCAAAAAGAAUAGGUGGAGUCACAACAAGUCCCCUAUCAUCUGGAGAGAGCUAUUGGAUCGUGGAGGAAAGGGUUUGCUUUUGGGAGGAUAUAACGAGUUCCUAGAACAUGCCCAGCUUUACUAUGGUGUCACCUCUAGCAUGACGACUGAGUUGAUGAAGAGCGUUGCUCAAGAAAACCUGGGGACACAUAUAGAAAAAGAGCUGGAGAAGGAAUCCCUGAAAGGUCUUGUUAACCCCUUGCAGGUCUGGAUCACCAGUGCAUCAUCUCUUGCCUGCUACCAUCUAAUUCCCAUCUUGACAAGUGGUGAAGUGUUUGGACCACAAAUGGAAAUCAGCAUAAACCUAUUUGACAAUAAGCACACAGAAGAAAAACUUAUAAGCCACAAACAAGAGGCUGAGGAUCUGGCGUCACCCUACCUCCAGAGUGUGUCCAUCUGCACCCAAGCGGAAGAGGCCUUCCACGGGGCCCACGUGAUCAUCAUCCUGGAUGACCACGUGGACAAGGAGAUAUACAGUCUGGAAGACUGCAUUCGCAGCAGAGCUCCUCUGUGUCAGCUCUACGGAUCCUUGAUUGAGAAAAAUGCUCAUAAUUUUGCCAAAAUUAUUGUGGGAGGGAAAACCUUUGUGAAUCUCAAAACAGCGUUGCUUAUGAAAUACGCCCCAACCUUUGCCCGCAAUAUUAUCGCGGUGGCCUUGGGUGUGGAAGGCCAAGCGAAGGCAGCACUGGCCAGGAAACUGAAAAUUACUCCCUCAUGCAUCAAAGAUGUGAUCAUUUGGGGUAAUAUUAGUGGAAAUAACUACGUUGAUCUGAGAAAAGCCAAGGUUUACAGAUAUGAGAGCGCUAUUUGGGGACCUCCGCACUAUUCACGCCCUGUUUUAAGCCUGCUUUUUGAUCGGGAUUGGGUAAACAGAGAGUUUGUGGCAAGUCUUAAAACGCUGACUGCCACAGGAAGACAAUUUGGAGGCAUGUUAGCUGCACACAGUAUAGCCACUACGCUGAAAUACUGGUGCCAUGGCUCACCCCCUGGGGAGAUUGUGUCUCUAGGGGUAUUGAGCGAAGGCCAGUUUGGUAUUCCUAAAGGGAUUGUCUUUUCUAUGCCUGUGAAAUUUGAGAAUGGAACUUGGGUGGUUCUUACAGAUCUCAAAAAUACAGAAAUAAGUCAACAAGUAAUGACCAGAAUGGCAAAUGAUCUAAUUCAGGAGCAACUUGUUGCACUUGGAGAGUUGGCAAAUUUUCAGCCAUGUCAAUCAGGUAAUCUAUUAGAUAUGAUAUUUUAUAGGGCUGCUAUUAAAAUAGUAUUAAAAUAUGUGUUAAAACAAAAUCACUAUUUAAUAUAA